AUGAUUGUUGCUUAUCUUCUUCUCUCCAGCAUCUGGAACAUUGCAUCAGGUUCUGUGCAGGUGAUGCACAAAAAGGUCCAGUCAGUCCAGGCAGGAGGAAAUGUUACUUUUUCAUGCCAGUUGGUCACGAAAGAAGAUGUGCUACAGGUCACCUGGCAGAAGGAGACAGAUGGGGCUGAAGACAACAUAGCGACUUACAGUACAAUGAAUGGCCAAAAGAUAGCGAAAGGCUAUCUCGGCCAUGUGAGCUUUGCCCACAGUGAGUUACAGGUCUCUGCCAUCUCCCUUGGUGGAGUCACCCUCCAAGAUGAAGGAUGCUACAAGUGCAUAUUCAACACAUUUCCCUCAGGGGCUGUCACUGGCAGGAUGUGUCUCAAGGUUUACGCCAUUUCAGACCCCAAAGUGGAGGCUAAGCUUAUACCCCAUCCAGAGAAAGCUGAGGGCUCUGAGAAAGUGGUGGGGAUGAGCUGCUCAGCAACAGGGAAACCAGCUCCAAAAAUCAGCUGGCGCCUUCCCAGCAUCCUGCAGCAGAAACCGAGGGAGUACCAUGUCAAGCUUGGCAACCAGACUGUGACUGUUAUCAGCAAUUUCACCCACACACACUCCAAAAUCCUCCAGGAAUACCCCAUCGCCUGCGUGAUCCAACACCCCUCUCUAAACGUGACACUGGUCCUGCCCACGGACAGCCUGGCACAGGGUCCAGACAGCAGUGUGGCACCAGCCAUUGUCAUUGCAGUGGGGGUGCUGGUGCCCCUGGCUUCCCUCCUCCUUCUCACCUGCCUCCUCUGCUGCUGCCUCAGGCACCUACGUGACCCAGAGAGAAACCCAGCCUGGCCAUGCUGGUCUCAAGUUUAUGACUCUGUGUGUCAUUCUGCUGUGGAACUGGCAGACAUGGAUUUGGAGGUCAACUUGGAAAAACUGAAGCCAGAAGCUGCCAGGAACAGCACCAAUCAUCGCUAG